GGAACGCCGAACCCGAACGAUAGUCCCCAAUUGAGUUGAAGAUGGUCAUUCUGGAGUUUGUCUUCUUCUUCUCCCUUUUCACUCUCUCACACUCUUCUUCGUCCAUCUCGUCUUAUAGGUUUAUAGGCUUUAUAGCACAGCCAAAGCCCUUCUCUCAGUCUUGAGUCUCCCCUUUCUUUGCCUUUCCAAAGAAGGUAACAACUAUUUAUUGGUUCGCUUUAGCUAAUUAGCUUCCCCUCUAAGCUUCUCGUCUUCCUUCCCCGAAAUCCCUCCCAACUCCCACACCGAUCUUGAUACCUUUCUUCUCUCUGUAAUCCGAUCGUCCUAAUUAAUCGGCUUCUUCAGAAUUUUGUUCCUGCUUCCUUCUUUUCAUAAAUCUUUAUGGAGGAUUACGUAAGCAGCGAAGAAGAGGACUAUUAUUCGGAUCGUGAUUCUCUCGAAGGGUUGGAGAACGAAGAAGAGGAUGAUUUGCAAUGGCGUCCCAAGGCCGCUCCUUCGAGUUCGAGUAAGGUAAUCACAAAAGAAUCCCUUUUGAUUGCACAGAGGGAAGACUUGCGUAGGGUAAUGGACUUGCUAACACUUCGUGAGCAACAUGCACGGACCCUACUUAUUCAUUACCGCUGGGAUGUUGAAAAGCUGCUUGCAGUGCUUGUAGAGAAGGGGAAAGACUGGUUAUUUGCUGAAGCUGGUGUCACAGUGGUUGAGCGCAAAGAUCCUCCCUCACUACCAUCUACAUCUACAGUAUUGUGUUGUAUCUGCAUGGAUGACGUUCUUGCCAAGGAGACUACAACAAUGGACUGUGGCCAUGGCUUCUGCAACAACUGUUGGACAGAGCAUUUCAUUGUGAAGAUAAAUGAGGGUCAGAGUAGGCGUAUAAGGUGCAUGGCACACAAGUGUAAUGCUAUUUGUGAUGAAGCCAUUAUAAGAAAUCUAGUCAGUGCAAGACAUCCUGAUCUGGCAGAGCGAUUUGAGCGUUUUCUUCUAGAGUCGUAUAUUGAGGACAAUAAAAUGGUAAAAUGGUGCCCCAGUGUUCCUCAUUGUGGUAAUGCAAUACGUGUUGAGGGUGAUAAAUUUUGUGAGGUGGAAUGUACAUGUGGACUGCAGUUUUGUUUUAGUUGCUCAGCAGAAGCACACUCACCUUGUUCUUGUCUGAUGUGGGAGCUCUGGACCAAGAAGUGUCAGGAUGAAUCAGAGACGGUUAAUUGGAUAACAGUGAACACAAAGCCUUGCCCAAAAUGUCACAAACCAGUUGAAAAAAAUGGUGGCUGCAACUUAGUUAGCUGUAUAUGUGGACAAGCGUUUUGUUGGCUGUGUGGUGGAGCUACUGGGCGGGAUCAUACAUGGUCAAGUAUCAGUGGUCAUAGCUGUGGCCGGUAUAAAGAAGACCACGAGAAGAGAGCUGAGCGUGCGAAGCGAGACCUGUAUCGGUACAUGCAUUAUCAUAAUCGCUACAAGGCCCAUACAGAUUCCUUUAAACUUGAAACCAAGCUCAAGGAAACCAUACAGAACAAAAUUUCUAUUUCAGAAAGUAAGGAAUCAACACUGAAGGAUUUUAGUUGGGUAACAAACGGGCUCAAUAGGCUCUUCAGGUCGAGGAGGGUACUCUCAUAUUCAUACCCAUUUGCAUAUUAUAUGUUUGGGGAUGACCUAUUCAAGGAUGAGAUGUCUAAAGAAGAAAGGGAAAUAAAACAACACUUAUUUGAGGACCAACAGCAACAGCUUGAAUCAAAUGUGGAGAAGCUCUCUAAGUUCAUUGAGGAACCAUUUGAUGAGUAUACCGAGGAAAAAAUCAUGGAAGUACGGAUGCAAGUAAUCAAUCUUUCUGUGAUUACUGAUAAUCUCUGUAAGAAAAUGUAUGAGUGUAUCGAGAAUGAUUUAUUGGGUUCUCUCCAACUGGCUAUUCACAAUAUAGCUCCUUACAGAUCAAAGGGUGUUGAGAGGGCGUCAGAACUUUCCGUCUGCUGGAACACCAAGGCCAAUGAUACCGAUAGCUGUAUACUAUCAGAUACUAGCAUAAAUGGUACUGGAGGAAGAGGAACGAUGGAACCUGGUCGGCAUUUUCGUGGGUCUCCGAAUUUAGAUGAAAUUGGAUGCUCUUCUCGGAAACGUUCUAGGAAAGAAACUUUGGGAGAUGGCCUCUUUGACCUCAACUUGCCUGCUGAAGUGAUAGACAAGAGCUGAUUUUUUUAGGGUUCUGGCGUCGUUAGACAGACUCAAGUGUACAGCUUUUGAGUUUUAACUUGAAGCGACCUCCGAUACCAUCAAUUGCCAUUUGUGGAUGAAUCACCACCUACCUUAACUUUCUUCAACCAGGAAACAGAAAGUGAGAUAAAUAGAUGAUUCUAGACCUUACUUUCUUUUUUUUUUUUUUUUGCAAUCUUAUUUUGUACAUGCCUGUCUAUUGGGGCAGAUGUCCAUAUAUUUAUGUGUAUAUUUUCUUUGAAGGGCUUCUUGAGAGUUAAAAGAGUACAUGAAGAUUGGCCGAUUUGAAGUGAA